AGUGAGUUAGGAAAUUUUUCGAAUUAUUUGGCUAGUCCGGAUUGUUCAUUUGUUAUUAAUGGAAUAAUAUCAUAUGAACAAUUGGUAGAUAUGAUUUACGAAAAUGGUGGAUUUCGUGAUAGUUGGACCAUUUCGGAUAUUACUUUGAUGAUCAAACAACCGGAUGGUUCGUUUAUCCCCGCAAGACUGAAUAAUGAUAGUCCUCUUUCGUGGAUUUACUACUAUCCUCCUAUGUCCUUUGUGUUUUUGUAUAUUGUGUUGGAAGCAAACACACAGGUUACACAUGUUGAGGAUCAUACGCCAUCAUAUGGUUAUGGGGGAAUGUUUGGUUGUGAGGGUACGUGGAGUACGCAUGCCGGUAAUUUUGGUGAAGGGACGAGUAAUUUCGACGAAGGGACGAGUUUUACCAUGAGAGGACCGGACAUUGAGGAAGAAAUUGUUGGAGAUGAAGAUUUCAGUCCCGGUGAAGACGAUUUAACUGAUGAGACCUCGGAAACCGAAUCGGACAGAUCAAUUAAUGAGGAAAGCGAACAAGAAUUCAUUAAAGAACACCCCUUUCCAAAUGAAGGCCUCCACGUAUAUCGUGAGAUGGGUGAGUGGGACCCGUCGUGUGUAGACAGGGACGAGUAUGCCUUGCCACUCUGGAAUGGGCAUGUCGAGACUAUCCGUUUGCAUACAGUUUUUCGUACCAAGGAAGAAGCUCAGACUGGUAUUAUCGCAUGGAAUGUUGAGAAUCUUAGGGCGGUCCGGACAAAAGAUUCCAACAAGAAGUCGUUCAAAGUUGUGUGCAGAUCGUCAGAAGGUGUACCAUGUAUGUGGAAGGCUUGGGUGAGUCUUAAUCCACGGGUGCACGACAUGUGGGAAGUAACCGAAUGGACCGACAGGCACACUUGCAUGCAGGUGGUCGAGAGAAAUGACCACAAGAAUGUGACGGCCACCAUGAUCUCAAAUCUUCUGUUGCCUAAGAUUCAGAAGCAGGUGACCUACAGUGUGGAAAUGGUCCAGGCCGACGUAAAAAAAUUCAAAUUUGUCUUCUGGGCGUUCGGGCCCGCCAUUCGAACCUUCCAUCUUUGCCCGCCGAUUAUUAGCAUUGACGGCACGCACCUGCGAG